AUGUCGCCAGCUCAUGUUUCCUCACCAGUGACACUAUCUACGUCUCAACAGCAACAACCACAAACGCCUUCAACUCCAUCACAUCAUCUAAGUAGUAUUUUGAAUGAAACAGCUAAUUGUAAUGAUUCCUCAACACUAGCAGUUGCAGCCAAUGACAGCAAUAACAGUAAUAAUAGUAGCAGUAAUAGUUCAACAAAUAGUAUUGUAAAUAAUCAACCAACGAUGCGAUUACAGAAUACAAUGAGACUCAUAUCCAUGACACCAGUACGAGUUGAAGAUAUCUAUAGUCUAGGCCCGGUAUCACCUGUCCAGAACCAGCAGCAAAGUAACCAACAACAUAACCAGUCAAUAGAUAAGCAAACAACAGCAGAAAUAAAUAAAAUUGCAACUUCAAAGACAGCAUCACUAUCCAAGCCAAGUAUAAUACAAAGCACACAAUGUCAGAUUUACCCAGACAAGCAUUCAGUAAAACUGAGAGAAAAUUUACAAGAGCAAGCGCCAUGUAAAUGCCUUGUACCACCAUCGCAUGAUCCAAAAGCAAACAAAGAGAUACAAGAGUUCCAAAUCCCAGAAGCACAACGUCAGCGAAAUUUAAAACAUAUCGAAGAAAAUCCGAAAGUAUUUAGUCUACAGCGAUACACACAAGAUCGUCAAGAAUCCCAAACUCAAAUACAAAAGGCACAACGACAACAACGUCCAAGAUAUAUCAAACAAAAUCCAGAAGUGUUUCAUCCAAUCCGAGUAAUACCAGAUCAAGUGCAAGCGCAUGAAAUACAACCACAGCAAGUUCCACAACAUGUUACGCCUAUCGAAGAAAAUAAACCAGGACUUAGUAAACAUCGAAUUUCCAAUGCAUAUUCUAUACAAGAUCAUGUAAACCUACAACUGCAAAUACAAGAUGUACAACAACCACGAGAACAAAAGCGUCAAAUCGAAGAGCAUGAUUUAUCAUCACGUCCAACACUGCCACAACGUUUAACGAUAGAACUUGAGCCCCAGCCGCCAUAUCCUGUUAAUCAGCAACAAGCACCACGAGAAGCACCGCCAAGAGAUAAUCACCAAUCUAGUCCAUCAUCAUCGUCGUCAUCAACUACAUCGCCACGGAAGAAUUCUACUACAAUACAGCCAGUAUCGAACAAUCAUCAUGUACAAUCUACAAAUUCAUUAGAUCCAUUGGGUAUCAAUGUUUUAGACAGUAAACCUAAUAUGGAACUAUCAAACCAAGAAACUCAAGCAAAGGAUAAAGUCAAGCGUGACAGUCAACAAGAACCAUGGUCACCACAAGAGGAAUGGAACGUCGUUCAACCAAGUAAAAAAGGAAACAAACCAGAAACUCUCCAAUAA